GUUUCUCUCUCUCUCUCUCUCUCUCUCUUCAUUCGUUAAUUAAUCCAUUUGUUUAAUUACUAUUUCAUAGAAUUUUACUUAUCGACCGAGACGUACGUACGUAUUACGUAUGAAUGCAAUCUCUUUUGAUACGAAUUAUAAAUAGUUAUUUUAUAAAAACUUCUCGAAUUUUCGAAUUUAUUGAUUUUAUUAGAAUUUUAAUCGUUGUAUCGUUAAUCAUAAUAAUCUUAUAUAAAUAUAUAUUUCGAAAUAAAAUAAAAGUUGAUAAGAUUGAUUAUCAAACGUAUUAGAACUGUCAAUGCUACGUUUCUACAUGCAAUUUAUUUUAUCAAAAAUACGAAACUUACGGAGAAGAUAUAUCGAUAGAAAAAUAUGGAAAGUGGCUCAUUGACAAAGGUUUUACAUGAUUUUUUUACAACUGUAGAUGGAGAAUUAAGUCUUUACAAAGGAGAACACUUUUUGAUACAUAAAGUAAUUGACAAGCAUUGGUGUUACGGACAAUCAAAUAAUAAAACAGGAAACUUUCCUUCGAAUCAUUUACAUAAAGUUGAGAUUCCACUCUUAUUAGAUACCCAAAGUUUAUUUGUAUCAAUAGCUGCCUUUGCAGGGGAACAAUCUGGAGAUUUAUCAUUUGGAGCAGGGGAUCUUAUUAUUGGAAUACAUGAAGUUGGAUCAGGAUGGUACUACGGACAAAUAGAUUCCAGAGUUGGAAUUUUUCCUACCACCCAUACGUGGCAGUUAGAUACAAAUUUAAUAAAGAGAACGGGUAAUAAGAAAUCAAUAAGAAAAAAAGGAAGAGUGAAAGCAACAUUGAAGGCACAAUUGGAAGAAGAAUUAGAUUUAAAUGAAGGUGAAGUAGUAACUGUGACAGAAGUUUUGGAUGAUGGUUGGUGUCGUGGAAUUACGGAAGAUGGUAGAAAUGGGAUCUUUCCAGAAGGAUUUAUCUCUUAUAUGAAUGAUGAGACAAGCGAUCAAACCGAUACAUGUGUCUCAAGAGAAAACGUUUUAUCUUCGUCUCUAUACAAUAUUAAUUCAGUAGAGAAUAAUGUUUCCAAUAGUUAUUCGGUACAGUCAUAUAAAGAGGAGGAUCCUGCACCAAGUUAUUACGACUUAUUUCCACAAUUUUCUACGUCCAAAGAAAAAGUUUCAGAAGAUAAUGAUCGCGACGAUAAUGCAAAUUCAUUCGACGUUAAACCAUAUGCCAUAACUUUAUAUCCAUUUAAUGCUCAAUUUCCAAAUGAAUUAAAUUUUGGAGCAGGGGAAAUAGUACAUCUCAUAAAACACGUUGAUUCGGAAUGGAUGGAAGGUUCUAUCGAUGAUAAUAAAGGAAUUUUUCCAAUAUCUUAUGUUAAUAUUGUAGUAGAUUGUCCAGAAAUGAAAGCUAAAGAAGAAAUACUUAAUAAAGAAGACAAUAGCACAGAAUAUACUAUAUUAGAACCAGGUACAAUGGCCAAAGUGGAAUAUACAUUUAAAGCACAAAUGGAUGGAGAUUUGAAUAUAACAGAAGGCGAUAUUGUAACUAUUAUCAGUAUGGCUAAUGAAAAUUGGAUUAAUGUAAAAAAUGUUAAUGGCGAAAUUGGUUUGUGUCCAAGAGGAUAUUUAAGUUCAAGCCCAAUAUCAGAACCCAAUAGAGAUUCCACAAUGGAUCUGUUAGAAGAUUUUGUUGUAUUAAGAGAUGACAAGCCUAGUUCAUUAACAGAUGAAGAAUAUAAACCAAAAAGACUUUCAGAACCUCAUAGACCAGCACCACCAGCACCUGCUCCUGGUCGUAUGCCAUUGCAGAACAGUAACAAAGAUUCGACAAUCGAUAAUGCAUGUGCAUCUGAAAUAUCAAUAGAUAUUAGUGAGAAAAAGGCGGAUCAAAGACAAAACGUUAUAUCGGAAUUAGUGCUUACAGAAAAAGAGUAUGUUCGUGAUCUGACAUUAACUUAUGAAACUUUUAAUCUAUCUAAUCCUGAUUUUCUUAAAGCAAAAGGUAUAGAUGUUGAUGUUUUAUUUGGAAACAUAUUAGAAAUUAUCCAAGUUGCAGAAGAAUUACUACAUGAGAUAUUAAGAGCUAUGAAGGGAUGUGACGAGCAAUUACAGCAAAUUGGUACGUGCUUUACAAAAAUGGCAAAUAAAUUACGCGUUGUAUAUGUGAAGUACUGUGGAAAUCACGAAGCAGCGCUUGCUUUAUUAAAAAAGUAUGAAAAUAAUGAAGAAAUUAUGAGUGUAUUUAACAAGGGUACUGAGACACUACGUUAUCAAAUAGCUUGCUUUGACAUGAGUUCCAUUCUUAUAAAACCCGUACAAAGAAUAUUAAAAUAUCCUCUUAUUUUGUUUGAAUUAAUAAAGUGUACCGAGGAUGAUCAUCCAGAUAAACUAUCUGUAAAAGAAGCAUGGAAGGCGAUGACCGAUGUGGCUUGUUACAUUAACGAGUAUAAACGUCGAAAAGAUUUAGUGUUGAAAUAUUUAGACAACGAUAAUACGUUAAUUAGAAAAAUGGCUAAAUUAAAUAUGCAUUCCGUUGCGAAGAUGUCAACACGUUUAAGUACGAAACUAUCUGCUAGUUUAGGUUUGACAAAUAUUGCAGUGGAUCCUGUAUUUGAAGAACUCGAAAGACAAUUUAGAUCUAUAGAAAAAUGUACGUGGCAAUUGGCAAAGGACGUCGAAAUGUGUGUUAUUUAUUUAAGCGAUGAGGCUAUUUCCGGUGAAGUUAUGUCAGAUUAUUUAAAUCAAUAUUAUCAGGGAACACCAAAUCUUGAAAUUAAACGAAUAAGAGAUAUCCGUUCGUUAAUUUGGUCACAAUUUAUGCAAGAUUUAAAAUCUUGUUUGGAAAUACGUUUAAAUGUGCCAUUGAAUUUAUUGACAACAUUUUUAGAAGGUCCUGCAAUAUUAAUAACAAAGAGACACGAUAAAUUGUUAGAUUAUGACGCUGCCAUUUCUAAAAGCGAAAAGUAUAAAGAUUCCAAAAUUGUACAGGAUGAAUUAGCAACGGCAAAGGGUAAUUUCGAAGCCUUGAAUCAACAAUUGUUGGAGGAAUUACCGAUAUUAAUCGAUGCAGCUAUGAAAGUCUUAGUUAAAUGCAUUAACGCUUUUGCGAAUGCUCGUAAACUUUUAAGCGGAAGAAUUACGAAAAGAUAUUUAAAACUUUACGAGAUUACGACUCAAGUGUCGCUAAAAGAUAUUCUAGAAUCUUUCCUGGUAAAUCAUAAUUUACUUUGGAAUCAAAUCGCACGUUUCUCAUUCGGUGGUACGAAUCAAAGAACAGAAGAGGAAAGAGAAGAAUGUUGUUCGCAAGACGAAGAGGAACGAAUAUUAUUGACAAAAAAAUAUACGAGGGAUAAGUUGUACGUUUUAAAAGAAAACGUAACGAAAACUACAUCACUCGAUUUGGGAGCUACAAAAGGAUCUUUGGUAGCUGUUAUAAAGAAUCAAGAUCCUAUGGGCGAUAUUACGAGAUGGCUUGUCGACAAUGGUACUGUCAAAGGUUUUUUACCAGCUAAUAAAUUGACACCUUUACAACAAAUUCAACAACCUAUCAAAGAAGCAGCUAGCUUGGAAUCUAAUAUCAAUAGGAAUACCGAUUCAAUGUCAGAUCUUAUAUCAAUGGUUUCACCUGAAAAGGAAGUAAAACCAUUGUCGGAAUCUAAUUUGCAAUCGUUACUUUAUUUAAAUAUAGACGAAGAACUUAAUACCAAUCAAAUUUAUAGCAACAUUGAAGAAAUUUCGAAAACUCAAACGUAUCAAAAUCUUACUUAUGAAUUUUAUUACACCAUGUACGAUUUUGCUGGUGGUAUACCUGGUACAUUACCGGCGAAGAAAGGUAAAGCUCUUAGGCUCAUUAGGCCACAUGAUGAGAAAGGAAAUGAUGAAUGGUGGCUCGUAGAAGAUCGUUACGGGCAGAGCGGUUACGUUCCUAAAAAUUACUUGACUCCAGCACCACAGACGAAACCAUAAUUCAAAAACUAUUAUAUGCGAAAUAUUAAUUUACUUUAUAACCGUACAAAUUUUCUUAAAUAUUUUCUCGUGCCUUAAUUUAUACAAUGAUUCGCUUAUAACAUUUACAUAUAGAAAUUUAUAUACAAGUAUAGAGAUUUAAUCAAGUAAUUAUGUAGUUAUAUAUGCAGCUGAUUUUUUCUUCAUCCUUUUUUUUUUUUUUUUUUUUUUUUUUACAGCGAAGAGGUCAGUGCUAAACAAGAUAUAUAUAUCAUAUCUUUCGUCCAAAAACUUAUUCCAACUCAGUAUAUUUCACUAUGUCCUUAUCUUCGUUAUCUAAUAUAUGUGUAUUUAUUAAAAAAAAAAAAAAACAAAAAAAACAAAAAAAAAAAGAAAACAAAAAAAAAUACUUUUAGUGACGUUGAUAAAUUUAUUUUUCUGUGAUAUGAUAAUAUUGUAUAUCAUAUUCUUACAUAGCACGUUACUCUCUUAAAAACAAACUUAUAAUCUCGUAAUAUAUUUCUUUAUGGUAUUUCUAUAUCAAUUUUAAACCGUCUGUUUACUUUAUGUGUAUAUUUUAUUGUAUAUUGAAAUUGUAAAAUUGUUUAUCAUCUACACACACAUAUAUAUAUAUAUCGUUAAACAAUAUAGUAACAUUCGAAAAAAAGAAAAAAAAAAAAAAAAAGAACACCUUUCAUUUUGUUCGUCAUGAUAGCUAGACUUUAUAAAAAAAAAAAAAAAAAACAGUAUAGAAAACAGUAAUUACGUCGAUUAUACAUAAUUCUCAAUGAUAUUUUUUGUUUUAUAUAAAAUUUCUUAUACUUACGUUUAUCAAGUUGAAAAAUCAUGGAAAUAUACUUCGUAUGUUGAUAUAAAUUAAUCGUCUUUACUAUCAUACCACAAUGGCUUUACUUUUAAUAAAAGAAGCUGUUUCCUUAUGAUACUUUAUCUAAUAACAAAAAUUUCUAAAGUGUAUCGUGUGUGUGUGUGUGUGUAUGUGUGUCACAUUAAAUAUCAAAAUAUGAGAAUAAUUAAAAUGUUUAUUAGAAGUGGGCAUCAUGAAAAAUGACCAUUUUCGAAAGUGGAUCAUUUUGGAUCAUAAAAAAUUUUGAGUAUUCUCAUCGUGUUAUCACAUUGUUUUUUUCCUUUUUUUUUUUUUAAUAUACGUAAAUCAAAAAUAUUUUCAAGGCUCACGAAUAUUAAUAUCGUAUACGUGAUAAUAUUUAUCCCACAGAAUCAAUUAAUUAUGAUUAUGGAUUUCAAGCGAUCCUACGUCAUAAUUAAAAGACAACGAUUAUACGAUUUUUUAUUUUUUUUUUAUUUUUGUUUAUUUAUUUAUUUAUUUAUUUUUUUUUUUUUUUAAUAGAAACGUAUUAUAUUUUACUAUAUAUUAUCGUCAUGUAAUAUAAUACAUUUAUACUGUCACGAUCAACAGUCGGUACAAUGACGUUUCGUGUACCUACAAAUCUAAUGCUUAUUAUAAGAUUAUGAUAUAAAAGAAGUUAUGUGUAUGUGUAUAUAUAUAUAUAUCUAUAUAUAUAUAUAUAUAUCGUUUAAAUAAACGAAACAGUCUUUUCAGAUAGAGCAACUUUUAACUGCGAUGCGAUUCCGAUCAUCGUUAUUAAUACAUAUAGUAUUAUUUUUUAUCGACAAAACUUAUAAUUAAACUUAUAUAUAAAUAUAUAUAUAUAUAUAUCUAUAAACGCAAAAAAUACUGAUCUAAGAAUAAACAAUGAACUUUCACACAUCAAACGUCAUAGAUUAGAAGAGGAGGUGGGGUCGUCUAUUGAAAUCGACGAUGUAAACGAGUUAAACGAUUUUACACAUUUCGAACCCAUUCAUUCAUUCUUCCUUAUUAAUUUAACAUUCGAUUUUCUCGAUUUAUCACUUUUGUUUUAUAUCUUUCUCUCUUAUCUUU